AUGGCUGAUGGUGGCGAAAAAUCAAAAGUAGUAAUGCCACCAGUAGUAAAAAUAAGCGCUCAGCAGCUAAUAGAAGAUAAAGACCAUUGGCCGGAAUACCUAAAGAUUGGUAAAUUUAUUGCUGAAUCAGGUAUCAAAUUGAAACUUGGAUCUGUUGUUAUUGCAAGAGCUGCAACCAUUUAUCAUCGCUUUUAUUUCCUAUGUGAUAUUAGCCAAUUCGACCGUUAUCUUGUAGCUGUAACUUGCUUAUAUUUAGCUAGUAAAGUUGAAGAUACACCGCGUCGGGCGCGAGAUGUGAUAACAACAUCCUACAAAGUACUACAUAAGGAGAAACCGAUUUUGAAAGUUGACAGCUUUUACUGGCAAUUAAGGGACAGCGUAGUAAACUUUGAAUUGUUCAUGUUAAGAAUGCUCAAAUUCGAUGUCUCUUCCGAGUUACCUCACAAGUAUCUUUUACAUUACUUAAAAUCGUUACAAGAUUGGUGUGGUGAAUCGAACUGGACAACUAACCACAUAAAUCAACUUUGUUGGCAACUACUACAAGAUACAUCAUUAUUGCCCUUUAUAUUAUUAUAUCCCCCUUCAGUUAUAGCUACCGCAGUAAUUUAUUUAGCAGUAAAAUGUAAUAAUAUCGAAGUUCCCAGUGAAGGCAGUACCAAGCCCUGGUGGAAUGUAUUUUCUCCAAACUUAAAUGAAGAAGGUCUUCAACAAUUAUGCUAUAAAUUUAUGGAACUCUACGACACAUAA